GACCUAUGUUCUACAAUGGAUACUAUCAUUUGUUCUACCAAUACAAUCCUAAUGGAUCUGUUUGGGGAAACAUUGUAUGGGCUCAUUCAGUAUCAAAGGAUCUUAUAAACUGGAAAGCACUUGAACAUGCUAUUUAUCCAUCCAAACCCUUUGAUAAAUUUGGAUGUUGGUCUGGGUCCGCGACUAUACUUCCGGAUAGAGGACCCGUGAUCCAAUACACUGGAAUCAUCGAUGAAAAUAACACCCAAGUCCAAUGUUGGGCUGAACCCGAAGAUAAAAAUGACCCGUUUCUUACAAAAUGGGUUAAACCCGAUGAAAACAAUCCAUUUGUGAUUGCUGAUUUAGAUGUGAACGGUAGCGCAUUUCGUGAUCCAACAACUGCAUGGAAGGGUAAAGAUGGAAAUUGGAGAAUAUUGGUUGGUAGUAGAGACAAAGAUAUAGGAAUGGCUUAUUUGUAUAGGAGUUCGGAUUUUAAGAAUUGGACUCGGGCCAAAAAACCGAUCCAUUCCGCUAAAACGGGUAUGUGGGAAUGUCCCGAUUUUUACCCGGUUUUAUUGAAAGGUAAAAACGGGUUGGAUACAUCAAUUGAAGGUAAACAUGUAACACAUGUCUUAAAAAAUAGUCUUGAUAUGACUAGAUUUGAGUACUAUACAUUGGGCAAAUAUUCGUCUAAAAAAGACAAGUAUACUCCAAGGAAAAAUUCAGUGGAUAGUUGGGCUGGACUUAGAUAUGAUUAUGGAAAUUUCUAUGCUUCAAAGUCAUUUUUUGAUGAAAGUAAGAAUCGAAGGGUCCUUUGGGGUUGGGCUAAUGAGUCUGAUACCAAAGAAGAUGAUGUAAAAAAAGGAUGGGCUGGAAUUCAGGCAAUACCAAGAACUGUGUGGCUUGAUUCUAGCGAAAGACAAUUACUAACAUGGCCGGUUGAAGAAUUGGACACACUUAGAGAUAAAAAAGUUACUAUGAACAAUCAAAAACUUGAAAAGGGUAAACAUGUUGAAGUAACUGGAAUAACUGCCGCUCAGGCAGAUGUAGAGGUGACUUUCUCAUUUGCAAACUUGGAUAAAGCUGAGGCUUAUGAUCCAAAAUGGGUAAAUGCACAAGAUCUUUGUUCACAAAAAGGUUCAAAAGUUGAAGGUGGAGUUGGGCCAUUUGGUCUUUUGACUUUGGCUUCAGUAAAUCUAGAAGAAUUUACUCCUGUGUUUUUUAGAGUCUUCAAAGCUCCAAAUAAACAUGUAGUUCUCUUGUGCUCUGAUGCCAGCAGUUCUUCAUUGAAGAGUGACCUUUAUAAGCCAUCAUUUGCUGGAUUUGUAGAUGUGGAUUUAGCCACUAAUAAGAAACUUUCUCUUAGAAGUUUGAUUGAUCAUUCGGUGGUGGAGACUUUUGGAGAAGGAGGGAAAACCAACAUUUUGUCUAGGGUUUAUCCUGCAUUGGCAGUGACCAAUCAAGCUCAUUUGUUUGUUUUUAACAACGGUACUGAACCGAUCACUGUGGAGAGCCUUAAUGCAUGGAGCAUGAAGAAUGCUGAUAUAAAAUGAUAUAGUUAGAAAUCAACAAGAGAGUUGUGAAUGUUGAAAAUUAUCGAAAGUGAUUGAUAAAGUUUACAAAUAUAUAAAUAUUAUUAUACUGUGGAUUUACUA